UAUAAAAGAUAUUUGCCACUAGAGAGCGCGCAAGUCGCGAAGGAAUGGCGGAAAUCAUGGAAAUUAGGUUAGAAUUCGUAUUCUCUUCGAUUCAAUUCUAAUUUUUGCCUAUAUUAAAAAUUUACUAAUAUGAGUCUCACAUAAAAUGAUUAUGUUUAAUAUCGUAUAUAUGUGAAACGUAUAAUGAUAAAAAUGAAAGGGAUUAUUAAUCUAUGUUAUGUCUCAUCAAGACAAUGUCUAAAUAAAUAUGCACGAUUAUGGAAAAUCAUCAAUAUUCAUGACAUUUAUAAUUGUCGUACAUUAAAUACUACUGUAUUUCUAAAUUCGACAGUAUCUAAUGUCGAUAAUUUCAGUGAUAAUAAAAAAGAAAAAAGAACAUAUUUACCCAAAGAUGGAUUGUCCCUUCGAGACUUUUUGAUAAAAAACAAUGAACACGAUAACAAUGUUUCCAAUAUUCCUACCGUUGAAAAUAUUCCAUACAUUCAGAAUGUACAUGGUCAAAAUCAAAAAGUAUAUUUUGAUGUUCAUGGCUGUGCAAUGAAUGUCAAUGAUACAGAGAUAAUAUGGUCUAUAUUAAAAAGUCAUGGUUAUCAAUUUACGAAUAAUAUGAAAAAUGCUGAUAUUGUGCUUUUAGUUACUUGCGCUAUUAGAGAUGGUGCGGAACAAAAAAUAUGGAAUAAGUUAUUUCAUUUAAGUCAUAUGAAACGAAAAAGGAUAGGAAAAGUUCCUUUAAAAAUUGGAUUAUUAGGAUGUAUGGCGGAACGUUUGAAGCAUAAAAUAUUAGAAAAAGAACAUGCAAUAGAUGUGAUUGCUGGUCCUGAUAGUUACAAGGAUUUACCAAGACUUCUGGCAAAAACCGAUAAAGAAACUGCUAUUAACGUUUUAUUAUCGCUUGAUGAGACUUAUGCAGAUAUCUUACCUGUUAGGCUUGAUUCAAAUUCUGUCAGUGCAUUUGUUUCCAUUAUGCGAGGAUGUGACAAUAUGUGUACAUACUGUAUAGUACCAUUUACAAGGGGUAGAGAAAGAUCAAGACCUAUUGAUAGUAUUAUUAAUGAAAUUCAACAUUUAUCGGAUGAGGGUAUAAAGGAAGUUAUUCUUUUAGGACAAAAUGUAAAUAGUUAUAGAGAUUUAUCUCAAUCAGAUUUUUAUACACCUUCAAACGUAGAAACUAAUCUUGUUAAAGGAUUUAAAACAGUAUAUAAAACUAAAAAGGGUGGGUUAAGAUUCAGUGAUCUCUUAGAUAAGGUAUCUCUAAUUAAUCCAGAAAUGAGAAUAAGAUUUACGUCACCUCAUCCAAAAGAUUUUCCCAACGAAGUACUCGAAUUAAUAGCAGAAAGGCCAAAUAUUUCUAAGCAGAUUCAUUUACCUGCACAAAGUGGUAAUUCCGCUGUAUUAGAAAGAAUGAGACGUGGAUAUACAAGAGAGGCAUAUAUUGAUCUUGUAAAUCACAUACGUGAUAUAUUACCGGAAGUCGCGUUAUCCAGUGAUUUUAUUGCUGGUUUUUGUGGGGAGACAGAGGAAGAAUUUCAGGAUACUUUAUCAUUGAUCAAAUUAGUCAAAUAUAAUACUGCCUUUCUAUUCGCGUAUAGUAUGAGAGAGAAAACGACAGCAUAUCAUCGAUACAAAGAUGACGUUGAAGCAAACGUUAAAUCAGAUAGACUCCAAAGAAUGAUAGCAUUGUAUAGAAAAGAGACAGAAAAGUUGAAUGGUAUAUACAUAGGUCAAAAACAGCUUGUACUCGUGGAAGGUGUGAGCAGGAAGUGUGAUCAGAAACUUCAAGGAAGAAAUGAUAACAAUAUAAGAGUUUUACUUCCUUGUGCCACUAUACCUAUCAGUGAACAUUCAACUACUAAAAGAAAAAUAGAAGCUGGUGAUUAUGUAGUCGUGAAAAUUUACAAAUCUAAUUCAAUGACAUUAAUGGGAGAUCCUCUUUAUCACUCUUCCAUCUCUGAGUUUACUUCUGAUACUGAAAGAACGAAGCAUCGGUAUAUUCUUUAAUGUGUAAUAAAAGACACAUUGUACCAAUUAUUAGGAGCAUAAAAAAUACAAUGUCAUUCAUAUA